UCAUUUGAAGCCAAACUUUCUUGUGUUUUUGUAUGUUGUUAGCUACAGUAAAGUGGGUUGUAAGAGAGUAAUUUGUUUUUUUAUUUUUGUUAUUUUUGUGAGAAACAAAUGUGUGGUAUUGUUGAUAAGCAAGAAGAAGUAAUUUGAUACUUUCUGUAAAAGAGUUUGAUGACGAAGUUUAUGCGGAUCAAUGGCAGAACCAACUCCUUUGUAGCAAAUCAUUUAUCCGAGUCUCUACAAUGCUUGGCUAGCACAUUAAGACGUUGGAGAAGUGGCCAACCUUCAGAAUCCUGGGAGGCUCAUAAGGCAGCAAUCCAAGCACUCAUAAAGCUGCCUUCAGGCGAGCUUGUUACAGGUUCAAGUGAUACAACUUUAAAACUUUGGAGAGGAAGCAAAUGUACACAUACUUUUGUUGGGCAUACAGAUCAAAUAUAGGCUGAUGCACUUGUUCUGAGGGGGAUCAGUUGCACAUUUGAGGAAGGGCACAAAAUACGUAUUGUUGGCAGAAUUGGCAGUGGCAAGACCACUCUCAUAGAGAUGAACCUGUUUUGUCCAGUGGAGCUAGCUAGAGGGAAGAUAUAGUAAUGUAUUUAUUGAAACCUGUAGUAUUCCAUGUAAUGUUCACUUUUUACGUAACUUUUAAAUUUUAAGUGUUCAUUUUUUUCCUAAUUCAGAAUA